ACAGCUCAGUCCUUCCCCCCCACCGCCUCCUUUUCUUAACUUCUAGCAGAAGUGCGGAUGUGAGUUGCAUACUGAUACAGGAACAAGGCCGCCAGUUUUGUGUUUUUUCUCCUCUAUAGCAAUGCGUGCUUAGUGGAGCUAUGAAUCCAGAGGAGCAGACCGUAACGUGGUUAAUAUCACUAGGAGUGCUCAGCUCGCCUAAAAAGAACAUAGCGGACCCGGAGGAGUUUCUGAAAACCUCGCUGAAGGAUGGGGUCGUCCUGUGCAAGCUCACGGAGCGGCUCAUACCUGGCUUCACACCCAAGUAUUGCCAGGAUCCGAGAACUGAAGCAGACUGCAUCACCAACAUCAAGGAGUUUUUAAGAGGAUGCUCGUCCCUCAAAGUGGAGGGGUUUGAACCAGAGUGUUUAUACACUGGUGAGAGUUUUGGAAAGGUGCUGACCACUUUGAUGGCAGUCAACUUUGCCACACAAGACUGUGCUGCUGAGAGGUCAUGUUCGCAGUCCGGUGCCCACUCUCCUAGUCAGUCGACAUCUUCACACACACUCUCCUCCGCCAAAUCCAAAGGCUCUCUGCGCAGACAAUCCAAAUCAGUGGAGAUGUCUGAGAACGGUGGAGGCGGGCAGACUAUGGUGAAGGCCCGCUUCAACUUCAAGCAGAACAACGAGGAUGAGCUGUCGUUCAAUAAAGGAGACUUGAUCCACGUGAUGCGGCAGGAGGAGGGAGGAUGGUGGGAGGGCACGAUCAACGGAAAGUCGGGCUGGUUCCCCAGCAACUAUGUCCGGGAGAUCAAAACUUGCGAGAAGCCAGUGUCUCCUAAAGGAACUCAGCUGACCAAGAACUACUACAGUGUGGUGGUACAGGACAUCUUAGAACACGAGCGGGAGUUUGUCAAAGAAUUACAAACAGUGCUGAGUUGUUAUCUACGACCCCUGCAAGCCAGCGACAAGCUGAGCAGUGCAGACAGCGCCACCCUGUGUGGAAACCUGGAGGAGAUCCUCACCUUCCAGCAGGGACUGUGUGUGGCUUUGGAGGACUGCACCAAAGUCCCGGAGGGCCAGCAGCGAGUGACGGGCUGCUAUUUAAACCUGUUGUGUCAGAUCAAGACUCUGUACCUGGCUUACUGUUCCAGCCAUCCUUCAGCUGUUUGCAUCCUCACUGACCACAGUGAGGAACUAGACAAGUUCAUGGAGAGCCAGGGAGCCACUGUUCCAGGGAUCCUGACCUUGACCACCAGCCUCAGUAAGCCCUUCAUGAGGCUCGACAAAUACCCCACGCUGCUGCAGGAGCUGGAGAGACAUGUUGAGGAAGCCCACCCAGACUAUGCUGACAUCGUAAAGGCAACGGCAGUGUUUAGGAACCUAGUGACACAGUGCCAGGAACUGCGGAAGCGCAAGAACCUGGAGCUCCAGAUCUUGUCCGAACCAGUACGGGGCUGGGAGGGAGACAGCAUGAAGAGCCUGGGUCACGUGGCCUACAUGUCCCAGGUCCACGUGAAAAAUGGCUCCAAUGAGGAAAAAGAGGAGCGUUAUGUAAUGCUUUUCCCUAAUAUGUUAGUCAUGCUCUCCGCCAGUCCCCGAAUGAGUGGCUUUAUUUAUCAGGGAAAACUACCACUGACAGGCACCACAGUAACAAGACAUGCAGAGGAUGCAGACAACGCCCACUAUGCCUUGGACAUCACAGGAGGUAUGAUCGAUCGUUUUACAGUGUUCUGCAGUAGUGCCCAGGAGUUACAAGAAUGGCUAGAGCACCUUCAGCCCUUUACCAAAGGAGGCAGCCCCACAGGAACCAUCUUAAAGACCGUAGAAGGCAAGCCGCUGAGCAUGGUCGGCACCCCCACUCACCUGUCCCAUCUGGGAAGCCUCAGUGCCGUCAGUCGCGGCCCCCUGGAACAGCCAAAGAUCAGCAAGCCCUGGUCUCUCAGCUGCCUGCGCCCCGCGCCUCCCCUCAAGCCCUCUGCCGCACUGGGAUACAAAGAGAGGAUGUCUUAUAUCAUGAAGGACUCCAGCAAGAGCCCACGGCCCAUAAAGAAGUUCCUGCCAGGCAAGAAGAAAGAGCGAAAGCCCUCCGAUGACGACAUUCAAACGAGGAAAAGCACGGUGGCGCUGGAGGAGGACGCUCAGAUCCUGAGAGUGAUUGAGGCGUACUGCACCGGAGCCAGCGUGCACCAGACCACCACGGGCGUGCGUUUAUCGGUGCGGAAAGAGUGCGUCCCUCAGGUGCUUCUGCCCGAGGAAGAGAAAAUCAUUGUGGAGGAGAUGAAGAGCAAUGGGCAGACAGUAACUGAGGAAAAGAGCCUGGUCGAUGCUGUGUAUGCUUUAAAGGACGAGGUUCAUGAACUGAAAAAGGAGAAUAAGUGGAUGAAGCAGUUUCUGGAGGACGAGCAGAAGUCUCGCAAAGAGCUGGAGAGAGUGGUUCGAAAACUGGCCAAGCAGAAGAACGAUUGUGCUUGGGACGACGGCGGCCACUGAACACAUCCACACACCCAUCCUCAUGCUAAUCUGGCUGUGUGUGUAUGUGUGUACAUUUAUGUAAGCGUGCUUGUGGAGGGCUAGGUGUGUGUGUGUGUAUCUGUCUAUGUUGCGUCUCCAUAUUUCAAUCACACAUCGCAGAGUUGAACUCCCUCGCUGACGACGACGACGCUUGGAGUUUCUUUACUUCAAGUGCUGGAGCUUGAGUUGACAUUUUUUUUGAUGAAAUCUAAUCUUGUCUUCCUGAUCCAGCCUCACUAGACGAGACCAGAAAUAUGCUUCUCAGCUAAAUCAAGACUGGUUAAAGAGUGGGAUGUUUCCGACAUACUGCCUCUGCACUGUGAACACUCCCAAAGCACAUGGGACAAUUUAGGACAAAAAAAAAGUUCUCUGUUUGCUUCUUUUGCUUCAGUUGGAAAUAGAGGAGUACGAAGCCAUCACGUCCAAUAGGUGUUCUCUUCUUGCAUGCACUUCUGUUACAAAGGGGACUCAUUUUCUUCUCUUCACAUCAUGACUUUUUCUGUCAUUGUUAUAUUUUAUUUGUCACAAGGACGCCCAGCGGGAAAAUGGAUUCAUUGAGCUUCAUGUGCGACUGGCAUUUUUGUACAAUUCUGGACAUUCACAUUACAAGUUUCCUCGCCGUUUUGUCGGCGUUUAAGCAAUUCAAACAGGUUAGCUCAUCAUGCCGCAUUCAGUUGUUUCCAAAUGACUGUUUAUUUAAAAAACUGCAUGAAUGUACAGUGUUUCUACAGUAUGACUUCUGCAUCAGAAAUGUGAUAAUCACAAUAUUCAGAUAUAUAGUCCAAAGCUAUCAGGGAUGCAGCUGCAUUAUAGAAUAGAAAAGGCUUAACUGUGUAUCAUUUAUAUACAACAGUUUGCAAAUAAUGACAAAGAUGUCACCCUUACUCUUCUUACUAAAAUAUAUUCAAGUAUGAUUUUAACAUAUUAAUUACAUAGCCUUGCUUUAUUUUGAAUUUUUAAAAGAAUAUUCAUUAUUUAUUGUUCACCCGAGCAUUUAAUUGUGGUGUUAGCCUUAUAGAUAUAGUUUUGCUGCCUUUACUUGUGUCUGGAAUUUUAUUAAACUACACUGAUGUGUAAAGGCAGAAAAAAUAUCCUCGUUUUGGUCAAGGGAAAAUAGACGUUUUUUCAUCACAAAAAGAGGAAAAAAUGACGUUAAUAAUGAGUCUGACUUUAAGAAUUCAAAGGUUUUUGUUUGCAGCCUCUGUGGCCUCCUAACAGGGUCCUGCAGAGCUGAUUGAAACAUGAAAUUAACAGAGGUUUAUCUGUGGGAAUAGAGUAGAGCUCAACUGUUUAAGUGCCUCCAGAAAGGGGUCGAUAAACUUAAAAGAGAGUUUACGACCAGACUGGGACUAAAUGCAUGAUUUAUUUUGAAAGUGUCACAGGUGGUGUGUUGUAUUAUUUCAAUAAGAAUGGCUCAAGCUUAAUGGGUAUAUAUAAAUGUGGGUCUGAAAAACAUGCAGGGCUUUGCGCUAUUUAAGAUGCAGCCUCUUCACAAAGACCCACCGCGGUACAUUUCCUCAUGAGGUUGAGCGUGUGCACUGUCAACACUGUUAGCUACUCAUGCUGCGCUUCAGAGCAGCAGCGGAUGUUAUUUGAAAAUGCAAUAAGUGACUGCUUUACUGACCGACCUAUGGGUUAGUCCCAGCAUGGUAGGCCAGAUUUGGAGAAAUUGCAAUAAUAAUGAAUGAAUUAACCCAAUUUAUUAACCAAAAAAAAAGGGCCAGACCGUGUGGUUAAGCCACCACACAGUUCGGCUAUUCAUUAUUUUCCAUUUGCCUUUAUUUAAUCAAGUCUCUUGGUGUUGACGAGUGUUUAAAGAUCACUCUCCAGGUCCCAAUUUUCAUCAGAAAUGAUCCAAAAUGUAAUAAUAAUGUACAAUCGCUGUUGGGAAGUGCUGUUUUUUGAGUGCACCUCCUUCCAGGGAGGUCAGAGCACUGUGUAGGGUACAAGACAGCACCGGCACAUCUGCAGCAGAGUCUUGCUCAAGGGCACUUCAGCGUGUAAAAAAAGCUGAUCUUUAACUGUUAUCCCUCUGACUAGACUCUGCUUCCUGUACAGAUGUGUGACAUUGUUGCUGUUCCUGUACCCUAAAUCAUUUCUAUUAGGUAACACACAAUACAUACUGUAGUUUUCAACUCCCAAUAGCCUCAGCGAGCACUUACUGGUGGGAGGAGGCUGACCUCUGGUUUCAUCUUGUUUAUCUCCAGACCACUGUGUGUGUAUUGUUUUUGAAAGGUUGUUCUAUGCAAUUAUUGUUGUUGCAAGUAUUGUAAUGCUUUUUUGUUUUUCUAGACACUCUGUACUUUGUGUUGGUAUGGUCAUUCUUUUAUUAAAAAUUUAAUAUAAAA